AAUGCACGCAUACGUAUUGUUUACGGCUAUACUAUUAAUUAUAAACCAGUGUUAGAUAUGCAAACUAUAGGACGUUUUGUAAAUGUUUAUUUAACAGCUGCUUCCAGCGGAGUAGCUCACACCGUAUAGACUCGGUAGUAUAAUAUCUGUUAUGAUAAGGUUCGAGCUGCAAAUGAGGACUUUCAUAAAGCUCGAUAGGUUAUCCAGGUAACCGACGUUCUCGAGCUCAAUCAGCUAUAGAACCGACCAUAUAAUAUUCGAUUAGAAUCCAAAGAAAUUGAAGGCGGAAAAAUGUCCCUUCGCAUCAGAUUAACUCGUAGUCGACCCGUAAGACUACUGAGUGGAGUAGCUAAAAAAUGUUGGGCAUUCUCCGGGGCUUAUGUUCUGGCCUGUUUCCUCCUGUAUUGGCUUUACGGUGGAAUCUUUGCAUUUUUUCUCCUGUGUUUCGCUAUCACAGGUAUCUUAUAUCACACGGAGGACAAGCUUCUAUAUCAUCCCGAAUUACCUCCUCAUUCACGGGUCUACGUUCCUGCUCCGUCCAUGUUUAGCCUGCCUUACCAAAGCGUGUAUACCAGAUCGGGAGAUGGGACAAUGUUGCACAUGUUUUUUAUAUCGCAGACAGAAGAACAGGCUAAGAAGGUGCCUACGCUUUUAUUUUUUCAUGGAAAUGCCGGCAACAUGGGACACAGACUCCAGAAUGUCGAAAGGUUAUACCGUAAAUUGGGAUGCAAUAUACUUAUGCUAGAGUAUAGAGGAUACGGACUAUCUCAAGGCUCUCCAUCCGAAGAAGGGCUUUAUAUGGACGCCAGAGCUGGACUAGAUUAUUUGUCCACUCGAACUGACAUCAAUAACGAUGAAAUUAUAGUUUUCGGAAGAUCUUUGGGCGGUGGCGUGGCUAUUGAUUUAGCGAUGAGGCCAGAUUAUGCAAAAAAAAUUUGGUGCCUCAUUUUAGAAAAUACUUUUACCAGUAUACCGGACAUGGCAUCUCUGCUCGUUGGCUCUAAGAUCCUUCAGUAUCUUCCAUUAUUUAUUUAUAAAAAUAAGUAUAUGUCACUUCAAAAAAUCAGCUCUGUCACUGUACCCACGUUAUUUAUCUCUGGCCUAGCGGACACUCUGGUACCGCCCAGAAUGAUGACUGAAUUAUACGAACGUUGCGGAAGCUCGUACAAAGGGAUGCUCCGAGUGCCCAGCGGGACUCACAAUGAAACGUGGAAUCAGUCUGGGUACUAUACAAGUAUAUCCACGUUUCUCAAUCAACUAAGAGAAAAUCCUCCUGCCAGAGUAACAACGAAUCAUUGGCAGAUAGACCACGUGUAAUGAUAAUGGUUUACAUGGCUCAAUAUUGCGUCCAAAAUUAUUGUAGUUUACGUUUCAUAGUACAAGAUUUUCUGUAUUUUUUCUCGACUAUUUUUAUUCCUUUUUUGUUUUUUUUCGUAAAUAGAGAAAAAUGAUAUAUUUCCUUAUGAAUUUUGAUAGAGCUACAAGUAUGUAAUAUAGUCAAUAAUAAUUUGAAGGGAUCAAA